AUGUGUUUGACGACAUCGUCAGCAUCGUCGGAUAUUCACCUGCCAUCAACACCUGCCACCCACACGUGUCACCCAUUCCGAUACUCUUCAUUUGAGGGUUACUGUAUGGCCACCAAUUACAACGCCACCAUCGCAACUGCCAAUACCACCGCAACCACAACCGCCACUACCACCACAACCCCAACCGCUAAAACCACAAUUACAACCACCGUCGACACCGCCGCCACCACCACCAAAACCACAACCGCCACUACCACCACCACCACCGCCGCCGCCACCACCACAACAAUAGCCACAACCACCGCCACUACCACUAACACCACAGCCACUACCACCAUCACAACAACCACUGCCACUACCACCACCACCACCGCCGCCGUCGCCACUCCCGACACUGCCGCUGCCACUGCAUAA